AGGGGGAGGCAACUCUGUCGGGCACCUGCCAAGUCAGAGACUGACACUCGGAGGAGCGCAACAUGAACAAACUUAACUCUCUUUCGAUUGGAAUAUUCUUGUCAAUAUUUGGCAGUAUAUUGUUUGAAAACAUAGCUGAAGCAUCUCCUGUCAACCCAUCGAUAGAAAAGAGAGAUUUUGGGAACGAUGACUUCAAAGGUCAACUACCUGUUGAAAAUAGAGAAGAAUGGGCAAGAUUAGCGAACACUGGGUUAGAACAAGAUAAAGUAGGAAAGGAACUGGAUGAACUUGAGGAUGAGAAGAGGAAGGGACCAGCAGAAGGGUAUGAUGGGGAUGAAAGGAUGAGAGGAGGCUUGAUGGAAGGUAGAGAGGGAGUGAGUUCCAAGUCAGCCCAGGUUGACGAACUGCUGCCAUCCAGGAUACAAGAAGGAGUUGGGGAAAAUAGUGAGGGUGCCAAUCAUCAAGAUGGCAGCCAGGCAGAUCCUGGCCAGGAUCAGCAGGUGGACAUUCAUGACAACUCUAGAGAUGUCCCACACAACCAGGAACAGCAUUCAGAUAGUGUUCCUGGACAGAAUGUACAGGACUUAAACCGUGCAUUGAUUCCAUCCAGCAGCCUCAAGCCUCAAGCUCAACAAACUGUUCAAAGUGCAAACCAAAACCGUGACCAGUACUCAAAUCAGCAGCCUUUGUCAAACCAAGGUUCAGACCAACAACUCCUGCUGCAUGGUCCUGACCAACAACUGCCUCUUCAGCAGGGUUCAAACCAACAACUGCCACUUCAAGAGGGUUCAAACCAACAACUGUCACUUCAAGAGGGUUCAAACCAACAACUCCCUCUUGAGAAGGGUUCAAACCAACAACUGCCACUUCAGCAGGGUUCAAACCAACAACUCCCUCUUCAGCAGGGUUCAAACCAACAACUGCCACUUCAGCAGGGUUCAAACCAACAACUUCCUCUUCGAGCAGGGUUCAAACCAACAACUGCCACUUCAGCAGGGUUCAAACCAACAACUCCCUCUUGAGAAGGGUUCAAACCAACAACUGCCACUUCAGCAGGGUUCAAACCAACAACUGCCACUUCAGCAGGGUUCAAACCAACAACUCCCACUUCAGCAGGGUUCAAACCAACAACUGCCACUUCAGCAGGGUUCAAACCAACAACUCCCUCUUCAGCAGGGUUCAAACCAACAACUGCCACUUCAGCAGGGUUCAAACCAACAACUUCCACUUCAGCAGGGUUCAAACCAACAACUGCCACUUCAGCAGGGUUCAAACCAACAACUUCCACUUCAGCAGGGUUCAAACCAACAACUUCCACUUCAGCAGGGUUCAAACCAACAACUUCCACUUCAGCAGGGUUCAAACCAACAACUGCCACUUCAGCAGGGUUCAAACCAACAACUCCCACUUCAGCAGGGUUCAAACCAACAACUACUACCUCAGGACUCAAACCAACAAGUACCACUUCAGCAUAGUGUAGACCAAUCGGCACAAACACAUUAUGUUUCAAACCAACAACUCCCACUUCAAGAGGGUUCAAACCAACAACUGCCACUUCAGCAGGGUUCAAACCAACAACUGCCACUUCAGCAGGGUUCAAACCAACAACCCCCACUUCAUCAUAGUGUAGACCAAUCAGCGCAAACACGUUAUGUUUCAAACCAACAUCUGCCACCUCUCCAGGGUUCUGACAAAGUUGCUGAAGACCAACAGGCUCAUCAUGGUAAUGAUCAACAAUCCCAGGGGGAAAUCACUAGGGGAAACCAGAGAGAAGCCAGUCCAAACCAGAAUCAAGAGUUAGACAAAACACAAAACACAAAUUCAAACUCGAACCCAAACCAAAAAUCCUACCUGCAGCAGGUAAUUCAAAACCAAAUUCAGUCAGAGGUUCUCCUGAAAGACAGAACCAAGGAAACAGGAAAUGAUGUCCCAGAAGAGUUCAAAGUUGAGGAUAAUCAACCAUUGGAUGGUUCCAAUGAACCAGCCGCUCAAUCCAAAGACCAUUACUCGGAUGAUGGCUACCUGGACCCACCUGCAAACAACCUGGACACUGAUAGGAGCAUGUCUGACAAAGCCGACGAAGAAGUCGGCCAUGAUGCUAAUGCUUAUGAUGAAGAUGGUGAAGCAGACACUCGUAUCAAUAACAAAAAUAUCAUUGAUGAUAAUAAUGAACAAGCUGUCUACAAUGGUGAUAAUGGGGGUGAUACAAAGGCAGAGCAGACGGACGAUAAUGACGAGAAGGAUCAAGGAUUCGAUGAUGACUACGAUGACUAUUCAUAUGAAGACAAAGAGGAUAAUGAUAUAUUAGGUCAAGAGGAAACUAAAUCAACUUCAACGUCCUCAACACCAACAAAAGAUGACUGGUACGGAGUCAGCAAGGAAGAAGAUGGUGAUGAUGAUGGUGUCGAUGGUGUUUUGGAUAAAGAAGAUGAAGACUACAGUGACCCUGACAUUGACCAGGAACUGGAGUUUCAGCAGACACAUCAGAAGAGGCCUCACAUUGACAGCAAAGGGGAAGAGUUUUUCUAUGAAGACAUGAAGACUAACAUCAAGGAGGGCAUUGUAGAGAACAAGCUGCUGAAGAACAGGGUCGGCCUGAACGCCCCGUCCAGCAUGGUUCUCUUCUACACCUGGAUCAUACUUAUUGUUCUGAUCGCCGUGGUUUCACUGUCUGCAUUCCGGUAUCGCUGCAAGGGGUUGUUCAUGAAUGGACCAAGAAACUUCAGGAAUGGUAACCAUGGCAACUACAGACCUGGAGAAGAAAACAAAAGGCUGCUCGAAAAUGUGUACACAUAAUAUGUUGUUCAUAUGGUCUCCACAUUGUGUUCAGUUGUUAGGAAGGUAGACUAUGUUGAGGAGCAUUAAUACACAGUUCUAUGCAUCAUGUUAAUACUUGUGAAUAUGGAAUACAAUAGAAUGUUUUUCCUUUUUUUAAAAAGAACAAACUUCUUAUAAUUUUGCUGUUGACAAAGGGACAGCUGUAUGUCUGAAAACAAACUGUUAAUUUUCUUGUUUUUAUGUUUAAUUUUUGUUCUGUGAAGAAUUCAAACUAAAGAGGCUGACAUCUUCAUGGGGCUUGUCCAGCACCUGAUGUAACUGAUAGCUUCUCAGGUGGGAACUUACAUAGGCAGGAGGGUUUUCUACAACGAAAUUCUUUAUCUGUGGUAAGCUGAUCAGUCAGUUCUGGUAAAUAGUUUGUGCUGUAAAUACAUGACAGGAGAUAGUACUUCAAUAUGUUUAGACCAAACAUGCAAA